AUGCUGCCUUUCCGGGCAAAAUGGGUAGAAGUCAAGCCGCCGAAUCCACAUACUACGAAAUCUCCUCCUGCUCCAGACAGGCCCAAUAUUAGAAUGGCUAGAGAAGCACCCCCUGCGCUUGUUGAGCAGGAAUUUAUCCUCAAUGCCCUCAAAGAAGACACACGUCUAGAUGGCCGUGGAGCGGACCAAUUUCGACCUCUCAACAUCACUUUCGGCGAGGAAUAUGGGCAUGUGAAGCUCCAACUGGGCAAAACUAGCCUUGUCGUUCGUAUAUCCGCUGAAGUGACAAAGCCGCGCGAUGAUCGUCCCUUCGAUGGCCUCUUCAAUAUUGCAAUGGAACUGAGUGCGAUGGGCUCUCCGGCAUGGGAGAAUGGCCGCUCAACCGAUUACGAAACCCACGUCACACACGUUCUCGAUCGAGUCGUUCGUCAUUCUAAUGCCCUCGACACUGAAUCACUCUGCAUCUUAAAAGGUGUCAGCUGCUGGAGCAUUCGCGCUGAUGUACACGUGCUCGACUACGAUGGUAACCUCACCGAUGCCGCAUGUAUCGCGGUCAUGACUGGGCUGCAACAUUUCCGCCGGCCCGAUGCAGUGGUGCGCGAUGGUCAGGUUGUCGUCUAUGGAGUGGAGGAACGAGUUCCAGUCGCCCUCAACAUUACUCACAAGCCUCUUUCCGUUUCAUUUUGCACAUUCAACGAAGGAAAUAAUAUCGUUGUCGACGCUACACGCAAGGAAGAGCAAGCAGCGGAAGGAGAAAUGGUAAUUGGUAUCAACAGUGGCGGUGAGGUCUGCUUUGUCUCUAAAUUCUCGGGCGCAUCUCUGAAUCCUAUGUCCGUUGUUGAAAAGACUGAUAUCGCGCUGCAAAAAGUAAAGGAGCUUAAUACGCAGUUGGACAAGGUGCUGCAGGCUGACCUUGCAAAGCGGGCAAAGCUGGGCAUGGCCGAUGAAUCGCGGGCAGCGAAUGACCGCUAA